ACCCCCCACCUUACUUGUCUAUUGAAAAAAGAAAAAGCCUUUUAAUAUGGUGAUGCUAUUAGAGCAGUGGUGUGUAACAGGAACACUGUCAGAAUAGGAAUCGAGGAGCUUAAUAAGGGAAGAAGGCAGAGGAUAAAAACCACUAGACGCAACCCUUUAACAGGGCUAUCUGAUCCCAUUGCUGGAACUGGAUUGAUUCCCUUUCACAUUUCACCUGUCUGGGGAAGAUUUUGGGAAAGAUCUGUUAUUGCUUCUGGGUCUUUUUUUUGGUAUGCAUGCAUGGGAGCAGUAAUUGUCUUGAAUGCUGUAAUAAGCCCCCACUAAUCACCUCUCUGGCUGAUACAUCAAAAGGACUGAAAAUUCAAGGUAAUCAAAUGAACAAUCCAAGCAUAUCAGAGGAUUUCUGGACAACCAGCACGUGUGAUUUGGACAACAAUGCAGUUCAGUCCCAAGGAAGUAUCUCAUCAAUCAGCACAACUAACCAGAUCCUUGAUGCGAAUGGUGCCACUGGCAGCAUUCACAAUGAAUUCGUAAAUCAUGGCCUUAUUCUCUGGAAUCAAACUAGGCAACGAUGGAUGGGAAAUAAAAAGUUCGAAAACAGGCCACUAGAGGUUCGGGAACCAAAAUUAAAUACUCAUUGUCUCAGCAUGGUUACACAUUUCUGGCUUUGCAGUUCGAAUGCAACUUAUGACAGUUUACUUGGGAGUAACAAGCCUUUCCCUCACCCAAUUCCUCUAUCAGAAAUGGUAGAUUUCCUAGUCGAUGUCUGGGAGCAGGAGGGAAUGUACGAUUGAGAGGCUAAAACAACUGAAAAUUUGAAAGGUUGGCUAGCUUUCUUAAGGCAACAAUUGCUGUAAACAUUAUACUGCUCUCCCUGUAUAAAGAGGUGGUGGUGGAGCAAAGCGUGGUGUGUGUCUCACCUGUAACAUCAUAUCCUUGACAUGCCCGCUUUGCUUUGUUUUCCUCUUUACGCAUGGCCUCUGAAGAACUUCCCCUGUAUUGCAUUAUGACUUAAGAAUAUUCUGCCUGGGCUUUUGCGUUA